AUGGGUAAACUGUGGCGCGAAGCCGGCGAUGCCUUCGUCCGCGCGGCUGAACUUCACGGAUCUCAAGUGAGUUUUUGUGCAUUAGACUAGAAACCAGUUAUCUUUUCGACCUCGAAAACUCGUAUUAACUCUUUAAUCGUUGAAUUCAGAACAAUCUAGAUAGUAGAAACUUAAAAGAAAAGGUUAUAAAAAACUGAGCUUGACAGUCGAUUAUCCGAAGCAAAAUUUGAACACUUUAGAAAAAAAAAGGGGACGCCAACCGGAAGUUUUUCAUUUCAUUUUCUUUCAUUCUCCCUUUUCAUUCCACAACUAUCAUUUCUGGUCAUGUGAAAAGUAGGAAUUUAACUGAAAGGUAUACUUUAAAAAGAAAAUUCUUCGAAACGGGAAGAGGUUGAGAGGACAAAAGGAAUCCAUGAGCAAGAAACGGAGGGAAAGGACCGGAAAAUGCAUCUCGAAUUUUUUUGUUUUUUGAAGUCGAUUCCUUGAGAUAUCUUUUGCUAAUGAAACCGUAGGUUCAUUAUUUUUUCAGGGGGAUUCGAAACACGACUGUGCCAGUCAGUACGCCGAAGCCGCCAAUUGCUAUCGUAAAAUCAAUCCACAAGUUAGCUAGAUCGGAAGCUUCAAAGGCAGCUCGAAACUUUCAGAUAGCCAUCGAUUGUCUGUUGAAGACGUCGGAAAUCUACACAGACAUGGGGCGGUUCAACAUGGCAGCCAAGAAUCACAUCACCAUCGCCGAGCUGUUUUUUUUUCACGAAGAAGUUCAAGAAUCCUUCCAUUUUGCAGUUUCGAGACGGACUGUCCUGACAAGGAGCAGUGCAUCGAGCACUAUCAGAAGGCCGCAGACUACUAUAAAGGCGAGGAGGCGAAAAGCAGCGCUACCAAAUGUCUUCUCAAAGUGGCUCAGGUUAUAUUUUUUCUCUUGUUAUGGUUUUCUACUUGAGACCAUGAGCAUCAUUUACGCAGUGUAAAGGAGUUUCUAGAGAGAAAACUUUCGAAUUAUACUUUCAUUAAACAUUAACAUUCUCAGCUUACGAAAUUCGCAUAGUCUUCAAAAGGUUUUUGUCUGCUUUGAAAUAAUUAACGAUCUCACAUUCCAUUUUAGUCGUUGUAAAAGGUCUGCGAUUCCGUGUGUAAAACUACUAAACAUUUUUCAAAAAAAAACUAUAAAAAACUAACUUUUUCGUCUUCAUUUCCAUUAUCGGUCUUGGGAUCCGUGACAUUUCAAGUUGAAAAAAAUGAAAAAAACUUUUUUUCAAAAAGUCAAUUCUCAUACUACCUGCUACUGAAAAAAACGUUUCCCCUCGUAACGUUUGUUUUUUUCAGUACGCUGCCGAGCUAGAGCACUACACUCAGGCUAUCGCCGUUUUUGAGGUUUUCUUUUUAUUAUGAGUACGAAGCAGAAUGAAUAUUAGUUAACUGCAAGAAGACAUGUGAAGCGUAGAGAAAAUAAAUCUCGUUUCUCAUGUAUAUCAGAAAAAAAAGGGAGAGAUAGCUGUUCAAGAUUUUACUGACAAGGUGCAAAAUUACUGAGAGCUUGUUGGAAAGAUCUCCGAAAAACAGCUUUUUUCUUACAAAAAAAUUCAGCUUGAAUCUUUUCAAACUUUUCCGAGUAAACUUUUUCUAAUCGAAAUAAAGGAAUUAGUUUUUUUUUUCUUUUUUGAACGUCUUCUCUUCGAAAGAAUUUGAAAUUUCUUAUUAAUUUUUUUUCCCGUAUUUUCGAAACUCAGGAAAUCGCCUACUGGGAGGCCGACCACAGUACUCUAAAGUAUGCGGCCAAAAACCACUUCUUCCAAGCGUUACUGUGCCAUUUGGUCGUUGAUAGAGUAAGUAAAACCUCAUUAAAAGUUCGGCAGAACGUUUUUGGCUUCUCCCUACAUUAUAUAUUUCACUUCAAAUUUUUCUUGAUUGAAACUGGAAAUUUUUGCAGCUGAACGCUCAGCUAGCUCUGAAAAAGUAUGAAGAAGCGUCGCCGUCGUUUUCUGAUUCUCGCGAAGCAAAAUUCAUCAAGGUUCUCUCGCUUAUGAGUUCAAUAUGAAUCAUAACUAUUAAGGAAGUUCUAACGGCUAUUGAGGAACAGAACGAAGAAGUUUUCACGGAAACAGUCAAAAAUUUCGACAAAAUCAGUCGGUUAGUUGUCUGCUCGCUUUUUUUUUAAACAUUUAUUCAUUGUCCUAUUCUACUGAAUAUACCGGAUUUCAGUUUGGACCCAUGGGCGACAUCGUUGCUUGUCAAAGCCAAGCGAGCUAUCAGCAAGGAAGAUGACGAAGAAGAUUUGCGAUAA